CAGGCAAACACCUUCUUGCCCCUUUUACAUCUUUUCAGUAGCUAUGUGGCUCCCAACAGUGUUGGCAGUGUUUCUGGGUGCAGCCCCUGACCUCUUCUUCAGCCAGCAGUCCUUGGAUGAGUCCUUCAGUGACACAAGAGCAUUUGAACCAUCUCACUGCUCACGGGGAUUCCUGGUUGACAAAGACUCUGGUGGGAACGACAUUCUGAUGGUGUAUGAACGGGACCACCAUCAUUGCCAGCUUGCCUGCACUCAGAACCCUGGGUGUUCCUACUUCAGCUACGUUGUUAAAGAAUUCCAUUGCUAUCAAAAGUAUUCCUUUGGUCAACCAACUAUGACAAACAAUCCAGGAAUCAUAUCUGGUUACACUAGGAAGGACUGCAGUGAAGGUCCAGCAGUAGAGAUACCAUUGUUUACUCUGGUUAGUGAGGGGAGGAGCAUGGCGGAAGCCCAGAAGUUCUGCAGGGAGUACUACGAGGAACUGGCCACCAUCUUCAAUGCUGAGGACCAGAUAGCAGCUCUGAGAGCAGUGUCAGCACAGAGUCUCACUGACGCUGUCUGGGUCCACUCCCAAUACAAUGCUUUUUGUCCCAGAGUGGGCUAUUGGAAUCCACCAUAUGCAAAGUGUGUUGUUCAUGAACAAAGUGCAAAAGUAUGGGGUUUGAGAGAUUGCACAAAUCCAUGUCAAUUUGUGUGCCAGAAAAGCACACAAUCAAAAAAUUCCUCAGAGCUUAAAUAUUACAUGGGUCAAGGUUCAUUGACGUGGGAACGGGCACAGACGGCUUGCCGAGACAAUGGAGAUGACUUAGCGAGCAUCCUCACCCAAGAGGAUUACACAGCAUUCCAAAGCAUAAAAGAGACACAGCAGUAUGAUAUGUGGAUUGGACUCUACUGGAAGACUUCUACCAGAAUGUGGCAGUGGUCCAAUGGGGACCUCUUCCCAUACUGUGUGUCUGAGCCUCAACUGGGUGCUAGUAACUGCUGCUCCCUGACCCGUCAGGGCCAUGGACAGACUGAACACGCUUCCCUGGACAAGAUAGACUGCUCUCUGAAGAGGCCGUUCCUUUGCACUGGAAAAAAGAGAAUCAAGCAGACCAUUGUAAGGAUGUCUCUGAAAUCUAACUCAGGAGCUGACCUCAAUGACCCAGUGGUAAAGGAACAGAUGUUGGAGCAGAUCAGAAAGGAGUUUGCCAAGAACGGGAACUUCCUCAAAGACCUGCGCUGGAGAGAACUGCCGAAUGGAGAAGUUUUUCACAAAAUAGUUGAACUUGGAAGCCCUGAAGAAGGUCAGUGUGGGUCUGGAUGAAGAGGACCAGCCAUGAUGAUGCAACAGGAGAGGGAUGGAAGGUCCAAGAAAACUAAAAUAGUCAAGCUCUCUGUAAAUAAUCCUAGUACCUCAUAAUAUAUGACCGUAUGUCAAUAACAUUGUCUUAGAAAUAAGAUGUCAAGUUAUGUUAGGCUAGUUUUAAACUCUACAAUGUUUUACUAUUGUAAAAUCAAAUUAGACUUGUUGGUGUAUGAAUUUAAUGUAAUAAUGUUUGUUGUACAUGAGGUCAAUUUGAUUAAUGAAGAGAAGUUUGUAGUUUAAACAUGCAUAGUAACACCUUUUAGUGAGGGAUCUGCAUUGUAUAAUUCUUCAUAAUGAUGUUACACACUCACUCAUGGAUGUAACUGCCGACAUUCUUAAAUAAAAUAUG